GUCGUCACGUGACGCGGCCGGUCAGGCUCCCAAGAUGGCGGUGUGCGUAGCGGUGAUCGCCAAGGAGAAUUAUCCUCUUUACAUCCGCAGCGUCCCCACGGAGAAUGAGCUCAAGUUCCACUACAUGGUGCACACAUCCCUGGAUGUGGUGGAUGAGAAGAUCUCUGCCAUGGGGAAGGCCCUGGUCGACCAGAGGGAGCUCUACCUGGGCCUGCUCUAUCCUACAGAAGACUACAAGGUAUACGGCUACGUGACCAACUCCAAGGUGAAGUUUGUCAUGGUGGUGGAUUCCUCCAACACGGCGCUCAGAGACAACGAGAUCCGCAGUAUGUUCCGGAAGCUGCACAACUCCUACACAGACGUGAUGUGCAACCCCUUCUAUAACCCGGGGGACCGCAUUCAGUCCAGGGCCUUCGAUGGCAUGGUGACCUCCAUGAUGAUCCAGGUCUGCUGAGCAGACCUCUGCAGCCCCUGGCUGGAAGGAAGGGUUCUGUACAUAACCGCGUUGUCCAGAUGUCUGUUCAUCUCACUUGCCUCUCCUGGGGGGUCGCUGGGGGCAGGGCCUCAUGCUCGGGGCAUGUUGACUAAAGGCCUUGUGAGAUCAGCUUUGGGUUUUUCCUUCUGAGACAGCGGAGGCUUGAAUUAAAGAGCUUAGGGACUCCCCUAGCUGUCCAGUGAUUAGGACUCUGAGCUUCCACUGCAGGGAGCGCAGGCUUGAUCCCUGGUGGGGGAACUAAGAUCCUGCAGUCUAUGUACUACACCCCAAAAAAAGUUUACGUGGCACUUUACAGGGGACAGAGCUGAUCAGGGACCAGAUGGAACAGGAACUCUUGUUCCCACCAGGCACGAAGGGGCAGGGAAAGCCUGGUGGCAAGAGCUCCUGGAGCUUGGAGCCCUGAAGAGGCUGUGAAGGGAGGGGCAGAAGACCUGUAGACCGGCCACCCUGCUGCAUCAAUGCCCUGGCUGCACCCCCCCAGUGACUGAGAAGGUGGGCUUGUCUGGAGGGGUCAGCCUCCUGUGCCCAGAGCCCAGUUAGAGGGGCAUGUGGGAUGGCCCACACACCUUCCCUUGGGGGUGGGGCUUCCCCUUUCUGGUUUUGCUCCAUCCUGGAAGGCUGCCUUCCAGAGACCGUGUAGCUAGCGUCUCAUCAACUGCUGGUGGGCAUCAAAUGAGCAAACUCUGAGAGUCCCCUUCUGCCCCCUCAGUCACUCUGGAGGGGGUCUUUGGCCAGGAGAAAGGUGGUUUAGACUCACUGGGAGUGGGGAAGCUGUGAUCUGUGAGUGUUGGCAGCCCAGGGCUAGAUCUGGGGUGCAUUCUGCUCCGCUUUUCUUUGGGUUUACUAGCACAGAUGAGAUUUUUUUAAUAAUUACAGAAAAUAAAAAAAUAAGCUCAGAGUGUGUGUGAAGGACACAAGUCCCAGGUUCCCCACCACCAUCCUACACACACACACACACACACACACAUGGAAUCAUAGGAUCUAGAUGAGGGCUGAGAAGUCUGAUCAACAGGUAUGGGGCUGAUGUAGCCAUCUUCACGUGGGCUUUCUCCCCGAAGCAGGGAUUGCAGUUUGCUAAGCCGACAUCCGUUCUGUCUUGUUUCUUUACUAAUAGGUCCCCAGUGUUAUUGGGGACAAUUGGUCAGACAAAAUAUACUUCCUGUCCUCACAUGGGUAGGUUAUUGUGUGUAAGUGGAUGGUGUUGGAAGGCACUUGCAGGAAAGAUACUUAAAAGAGGGAUUUAGCUGGCAGUACCUUCACUUUUUCCCUUCUUCUGUCCUGGAACUUGGAUGUGAUAGCUGAAGCUUAAAAAACUAUCUUGAGAGCCUGCAGACAAGAUUCAUCCUCUAAGGAUGGGGAACAGAAAACUAGGCAAUGUCUGGGUCUUUGCUGACAUACCAGUCCUGGAUGUUCAGCAUUUUUUUUUAAAUUAAAAAAUAAAACCCCUAACUUGUUGAA